AUGCGCAACACUUUCCUCACUUUUCUCGCAUAUGCUACGGCCAUCUCGGGUGUUUUUGCGCACCCCGAACGCCACGAUCAUUCUAAGAUUCAUGCGCCCUCCGUUCAAGCUCGCAGUGUCGACAAGUGCGCCCGCCACAUUGAGCAGCGCCGUGAUACUGCGCUGCUGAAGCGCAGAAGUGCCAUGGCAAAGCGCUCAGCGUCUCCUAAAUCCACUGCCAGUCCCUACAAGUAUACCGAGGUCCAGAACAAGACUUGUCUGUUGGCCCCAGACACCAUCUUCGGUCCCUAUGAUGUGGACGGCGAACUCCACCGUCAUGACGUCCGCGAAGGACAGGAGGGCAUUGAACUCUACCUCGACCUUGGCCUGGUCGAUGUGGAGACCUGCGAGCCUCUCCCUGAUGCCUGGCUGACCAUUUGGUCCUGCAAUGCCACAGGUACAUAUUCUGGCUACGUCGGUAUCGACCCAGACACCGUAUCAGCUUACGACGGCUGGACUAUGAGAUCAGACGGCACCACCGACGACGAGACAUUCCUGCGCGGAAUCUCCAAGACAAACGAAGCUGGUAUCGGUGAAUUCCGCACCAUUUUCCCAGGAUACUACUCUUCUCGCACAACCCAUAUCCACGUUACUGUGCAAACUAACGUGACAAACGAUGACACCAGCUACUCCGAUGCGGCUACCAAGCAUGUCGGUCAGCUUUUCUUCCCCGAGGAUCUGAUUAACUCUGUUUAUCAGUUGGCGCCUUACCAUGCUCAUCUUUCUACUCUGAAUCGUACCCUCAACAGUGAAGAUUCAGUUUACUCUGUUGCUAAUGAUGAUGGGUACUCUGCUAUGAUUUCUACCGAGCUGAUUGGUAAGACUCUUGCUGAGGGUUUGAUUGGAUAUAUUACUAUUGGUGUUAACAAGAGUGCUUCGGCUAUUGCCACUACCGGGCAGGAUGUAAACGUGCAGGGUUACUUGCCUACUGUUUCGUUGAGCUCUAGUGCUCAGGCUGCUGCCAACACUCUUGAUCUCGCCGAGGGCUACCGUGCUAACGGUAUGAAGGUUUAA